AUGAGCCAACGACAUACAUUACAAGUUUUUGAACAAUAUCAAAAAGCUCGUUUAGCUUUUGUACAAUCUGUUGCUGAUCUUGCAACUCGACCGCAAAAUAUCGAAACACUUCAAAAUGCUGGUGUUAUGGCAUUACUUCGACCAUUAUUACUUGAUGUUGUUCCAAGUGUUCAACAAACAGCUGCAUUGGCCUUAGGUCGUUUAGCGAAUUAUUCCGAUCAUUUAGCUGAAUCAGUUGUUCGUGGUGAUAUUCUUCCUCAACUUGUCUAUUCAUUAGCUGAACAAAACAGAUUUUAUAAGAAGGCCGCUGCUUUUGUUUUACGUGCUGUCGCUAAACAUUCGCCACAAUUGGCACAAUCAGUUAUCGAUUGUGGAGCUUUGGAUGCGCUUGUUGUUUGUCUCGAAGAAUUCGAUCCAUCAGUUAAAGAAGCAGCAACAUGGGCACUUGGUUACAUUGCUCGACAUAACGCAGAAUUAUCGCAACAUGUUGUUGAUGCUGGUGGUGUUCCAUUACUUGUUCUAUGUUUACAAGAACCUGAAAUAGCUUUGAAACGUGUUGCUGCAUCAGCUCUAUCUGAUAUCGCUAAACAUUCACCUGAAUUAGCACAAACUGUUGUGGACGCUGGAGCGAUUGCACAUCUUGCUCAAAUGAUUCUCAAUCCUGAUGCCCAACUCAAACGACAAGUCUUUUCGGCAUUGAGUCAAAUUGCCAAACAUUCCGUUGAUUUAGCUGAAAUGGUUGUCGAAGCGGAAAUCUUUCCCACAGCUUUUGCAUGUUUGAAUGAUACAGAUGAAUAUGUGAAAAAGAAUUGUGCGACAUUAAUACGAGAAAUUGUUAAACAUACACCAGAAUUGGCACAAAUGAUCGUCAAUGCAGGUGGAGUUGCAGCCGUGGUCAAUUACGUUGCAUCAACUCGUGGAAAUGUUCGUUUACCUGGUAUUAUGAUGUUGGGUUACACAGCUGCACAUACAGAAAGUUUAGCAAUGGCUGUCAUUGUUUCCAAAGGUAUUAAUCAAUUAUCAAUUGCACUUAAUGAAGAAACAGAAGAUCAUAUCUUAGCUGCAACAGCAUGGGCACUUGGUCAAAUUGGUCGUCAUACGCCUGAACAUGCAAAAUCUGUUGCUGUUGCCAAUGUUUUACCGAAAUUACUUCAAUUAUAUAUGCGAACAGAUAUGUCAGAAGAUUUACAAACAAAAGCAAAGAAAGCUUUGAAAAAUAUUCUUCAAAAAUGUGUUUAUUUACCUGUCUUGGAACCUUUAUUACACGAAGCAUCACCAAAUAUUCUUAAACAUGUCGUUGCACAAUUCUCCAAAGUUCUUCCACAUGAUCCAAAAGCAAGAAGAUUAUUUGUUACAAGUGGAGGAUUGAAAAAGAUUCAAGAGAUUAAAGCUGAAGAAGGUUCACCAUUGGCUGAAUAUAUCAAUACAAUUAACAGUUGCUUUCCAGAAGAAGUCGUCAAAUAUUAUUCACCUGGUUAUGCGGAUGAAUUACUUGAACGUGUGGAAAAUCAUGCUAACAAAGCAUAG